ACAAUCAAGAAGGAUGUGUAUAGUGGAUCUCUUUGUUCCGCCAGCUCAGUUUCAGAUCAUCUCCUUUCUUUGUCUCUACUCUCUCUCUCUCCCCCUCCGUCUACAGGGAUAUAUAAACCGACUCCUUUUUCUAAUGGGAUCUGCUUCUCUCUCUCUCUCUCUCUCUCUCAUGUAGCUUUCUUUAUUCUAUCAGAUCUAACAUAUAAAUACAGCGAGCUGAUAUAUAUUUCCUAUUGCCUCAAUCUCUCUUUGAUGAAGGUCACAAGAGCCCAUCAACAUCUCUCAAUCUUUCAGCCCCAUGCAUGAACCCAUUGAAUUGAGUAUCUUUGCCUCUGCAAAAGGAAACUAAGCAACCCAGAAAAACACCCACAACUAAUUCUUUAUCCACCUCUCUCUUUCCCAUCUCUACCUAUUUUUCUCUUCUGGGUUUUCUCUUCAAGUCCGUGCAUAAAAUCUCUUAUGAUGUCGCCGGAUGAUAUUCCGGCAAAUCCGGUCAGCAAAGAUGAAACCCAAGGCUCCGGCGGCCGGAAAACGGGUGCUCACAGGCCUCCGGACCAAGUCCUCAAGUGCCCACGAUGUGACUCACCCAACACAAAAUUCUGCUACUACAACAAUUACAGUCUUACACAGCCCAGACAUUUCUGCAAGACAUGUAGAAGGUACUGGACGAAAGGAGGAGCUCUACGCAACGUUCCGAUUGGAGGCGGCUGCCGGAAAAACAAGAAGAUAAAAUCGUCUUCAAGGCUUUCUGGUGAUUCGAAGGAUGUCGGUGCAUCUUCGGAGAUGGGUGGAUUGAAGUUCUUUCAUGGUCUCUCUCCAGCCAUGGAUUUUCAGCUCGGUGGGCUUCCUUUUCCAAGGCUUCAUUCGUCAACACCUCCUGUUUACAACCAGUUUUCAUCAUUUGGGGACAUCUCAGCAACUUCUGCUGCUUCUGCAGCUGUUUCUACUCCUUGUUUCAGCAUCGAUCAACCCGGGAGCUCAAGUUCCUUGAUGGGGUUCAAUAAUCCACUUCCUUCUGUUCUAAAACAAGGGGAGAGUGGUGGAUUUGGAGGUGCAAUUCAGGACAUGGGUUCUAUGAAUGUUCACAGUAGUCUUGCAUCUUCCAUCGAGUCCUUGAGUUCCAUAAACCAAGACCUGCACUGGAAAUUACAGCAGCAGAGAUUGGCGAUGCUGUUUGGGGGAGAGAAUCAGAAAGACAGUAGCGUUUCGUCUGUUCCUCCGGAAAAUCAGAAUCAAAAACUGCAACCCAUUUUGUUUCAGAACCUGGAGAUCUCAAAACCAGAAGUUUGCGCCGUUGGUAAUUCAAGAAAGGACAGCGCCAGUGGCAACCCAGCAACUGAGUGGUUCUUUGACACCUACACACCAGUAACCCCCACCACUACAAACACUAGUACUGGCGGCAACGGCAACGAUAACACAAACCACUGGAAUGGAAUUCAAGCUUGGAGCGAUUUGCAUCAGUACAGUACUUUGCCCUAGUUGAGGAGCAUCAAGAGGUAGCCCAUUUAAAGAAGAUGAAAAGACUGGAAAACAUACCAAGAAUUCUGAAUUCUCUAAAGUCGAAACCCAUCUCCCAUAUAUGUAUCUUCUUGUUUUAUGUGCCGGUGCAGAUCCACAACAAAAAGUAGGGCAAGAGAGAAAAGUAACGUUGUUUUUUUUUUUUUUUCCCUUUUUUUUUAGUUUCCCCUUCUAUUUAUAAAUGUUGUAGCAGGGUGAUCCGAUCAAUAGUUUUCGUUCUUGA